AUGCUAGCAGUCCGCAGGCUACCGCGCGUGUGCGCCAGGCUCUCUGGGAUUCGGGGAAAUGCUUCUCUCGAAUCAGUGGCGACCGCGUCAUCAGAUGCCAUAGUUCCUCCUCCGACACUGCUCCCAACCUCAGCUCUGACUGUAGACCCGACACUACUGCCUGCAUCUGAGAAGACAGAGGCAUCUCGUUCAGAAGAUACUGCUCAGGAAAACGGAAGGAAGCCUCGGCGGGAAUGGCCAACUCGUCGGCCUCCCAUAUCUUUACAGCGUCCCCGGGAAUGGAACAGGCCGAUCGCGAAGGGCGUCUUGCCAACGUAUGACUUCGCGCUUGAGUAUAUAAGGGAAGAUUCCAAGGCUUUGAGAGAGGAGCUGAAGGAAGUCAAAGCUGCCCUCGCGAUAGCUCGUUCUGGGAGCGAGAGCGACGAACAGUCCUUGGCACAACUAGAGGAGAAAGCUAAGAUAUUGGAAAUUCAGAGCGAAAUAAAUCUACCAAAUGUGCGAUGGAAGGCAUGGAAUGGCAUGGCGGACAUGCGAAAACUGGCCUACAGACACCUCUUGGAGCAGAGGUGGAGGGAGGAUGGCCCCCUUGACUUGCUCAUGGAACGUGUUCACCAAAUGAACGUCGUCCCCGACCUUCUCCCGUCGCUAAAUCCCACCCUUGACCUCCGUAUAAAUUUCCCGGAGCCACCUCCAAAGGACGUCUACUUGCGAUCUCGUGUAAAGCGCCGUUACCAGAAAGUUGAACCCGGCGUAUUUUUACUGCCCGAACAGACAUGGAGGCAGCCCGUGUUAUAUACGACUGUGUUCCACACCGACACUCGUCUUUACACUCUGCUUAUGCUAGACCUUGAUGUGCCGGACCCUGAGAAGCAGUCGUUCCAGUCUUACCUUCAUUGGUUGCAGCCGAAUGUUUCUCUAUCCGCCUUCUCCCCUUCCCCCAUCCCAUUAUCUACAACCCAUACAAGAUAUAUUCCCCCGCAUCCACAACGUGGUACGCCUUACCACAGAUACGUCGUUCUCCUUCUUCCACAGCCUUCUACGGAGCGGAUCUACGUACCGGUCCCAUCUGAUGCAGAUAGACUGGGCUUUGACUUCCGUGAAUUUGCACGGCAAUACGGUCUCGAUGGCAGCAAGGGUGGCGGUGCGCAUAUGUGGAGGGAAGUUUGGGAUGAGACUGUCUCUAAGAUUUACUCCGACGUUCUCAAAACUGGGGAGCCCAAAUUUGGGCGUGCGCCGAAGCCUGAUCUUUACGCCGAUGUCAAAGCUACGAAAAAGUAUGUGUAG